AAUAAAAAGAGGUGAAGAUCACAUGCCAAAGUGAAAAAUUUUGCGUGCUGCUGCUAAAAAGUGUGUUUAGUGUGGAAAAAACGUUUAAUAAUUGCUAACAAACUAUUAAAUCAUUAAAACCAAGUGCGGCCUAUGCGGGAACAGUGAAAUAACCAUUCAACAAACCGAAUUCAAUCAAGAAUUAAUGAAAAUGUAAAGUGGUCGCUGCCUCUCCCUCUAACUCCCUCUGGCAGCGAAAAGCGGAAUGCAAAAAAAAUCAAAUAUUGGGCAAUUGCCAAAGUGAAACUAAUAAAUAAGUACAUAUUUAUGUACGUGAGUGAUAAAAAAUAUAAAAGACAAAGCAGUAAGCAAGUGGUUAUCAAAUUAAAGCCACUAAAAGUGCAAUCAAAAAACAUAAGACUCCCGCCGGCGGCAGCAGCACCCGCAAUAUGUAUGUGUGUAUGUGCAUAUUUGUGUGCAUGGCAGUAUACAUGCUGAGAAACCUCUGCCGAGCUGGAAAUGCAAACUAACUGUUUUCUUGCUUUAAGCUUGGAGUUAACUGUUUUUAAAGCUUCAAAUAAAAAGUACGUUUUAAAACCAAGCGUAUUUGAAAGUUCAAAGUUUAUUAAAUUUGCCAGAGACAAUUAGUGUGUGUUUUCGUGAGUGUAAUUUUACAGUGCUUUCCCUAUCUUCUGAACGUAGAAGUAAAAAGGGCAAGCAGGAAAAAAAGACUAGGAAGAAGCAAACAGAAAAUAUGAAAAUCGCAAGUUUUGCAUUCAAUCUUUGGCCAUGAUAGAAGACACCCACAAAUUGAAUUCAUCGCCACACACAAAGUGCAUGGACGGCAGCAAACAAAAAGGGUAUUUCCUUACGACACCUGCCCACCGAAACCUCCAAGAUGUCCAAGGACUCCAAGUACGAUCUGAGCAAGAUAUAUGCUCGCGUGGAUCGCGUGAAUGUCAGCGGCCUGCUCCGCACCCACAGCGACUAUGUAAUGAGGGCAGCGGAUGCCCUAUUCAAAGCCAAUAACUUUCAGGAUCUGAUGCUGGAGGCCAUGUCUGCCAAAUCGUAUCUGCACGAGCUGGGCAUCUUCAAGGAUGUGAGCGUGCAUAUCGAUAUAAGCCGAGGAUCAGAUGCCUCCCCGCAGGGUUACGAGGUGACCUUCAAGGGCAAUGAGUACUCGCGCAUGAUGGGUUCAGCGGGCACGGAGAUUGGCCAGAACGAGGGAUCCCUGCGCACGGAGCUAACCAUCCCGAAUAUUUUUGGACGCGGCGAGAGCCUCUCACUGCAGGGGAGCUACAGCAGCACGAAGGCUAAUGAUUUGCAACUGAAGUUCUGGAAGCCCUUCUUUCACACACGCUUCAUGGAAAACAGACCCGAAGUAUCCUUCAGCCUGUUUAGACAAACGGAUCGAUACGACAUCAGCUCAUUUCAAUCCACAAAUCUGGGCUAUUUGGUGGACUUUUCGGCACACACUAUGCUGGGCGUGGAUUUGACACACUCGCUGCAGUACGAGAACUCCAUCAGGGAAGUGGGACUGCUAAACAAAUCGGUGCCCUUCGCCAUUCGGGAUCACUGUGGACCCAAGCUGGCCUCGCUGCUCCGCUACUCCGUGGUCUAUGACAAUCGGGAUGGAAAUGUAUUCCCCACCCGUGGAAUUCUGCUAAAAUCGAUCAACGAAUACUGCGGAUUGGGCGGCAAUAUCGCCUAUACCAGCAGCACGGCCCACGGAGAGGUGAAUGUGCCCCUAUUUGCUGGUUUGGUGGCACAGUUUUGUGGUCGUGUUGGUGUCCUUAAGGAGACCAAAAACACAACACAGCUGCCCAUCAGUUCAUUGUUCUACUGCGGUGGACCAUUGACCCUGCGAGGAUUUAAAUUUGGAGGAGCUGGACCAGUAAUCGAUGGUACGCCGAUUGGCGCACAGACCUUCUGGGCGACGGGCGCUCAUCUGUGGGCGCCACUGCCCUUUGCCGGAGUCUUCAAGAACCUGGCCAGUCACUUCAGGAUGCAUUUCUUCUACAACCUGGGCAACAGUAAUAGCUUUAGCACAGAAAACAUGCGCAGUGCCUUUGGCAUGGGUCUGGCAGUUAAAUUGGCGGAAAGAGCACGGAUCGAACUGAACUAUUGCAUCCCUGUGAAACGACAGAUCACGGAUAAGAUCACAAAUGGUUUCCAGUUCGGCAUUGGCUACGAGUUCGUCUAGAAAUUACCUCGGUUUCUUGAGUACAUCCAAUGACUGGAUUUAAUCCUAGCAAAAGCCAUGAGAGUCACAACCAUCAGCAACAAACUAAUUCUAAUUUACAACAAAUGGCUGCCCUGCCCCUCCUAUCGCGAGUGCUUAGAGAUUCUGUUCCGUAUUCUAUUGUCAAUGCAUUUUAUUUUUCUCUGCAAAUUUAUUCGUAGUCCCAGCGAUCAUUUAAGUAGUUCCUAAGGCGUGUACAUACGUAAAACGAAAUGUUAAUCAACACAAAUUAAAAACAACAAUAAUGUUAAACGAA